AUGGCAGCGCACAAGGGCAAGAAAGCUUCGGCUCCGAAGAAGUCUCCCAAUACCAAAAAGACCCCCCCCCCUCCGCAAUUAAUCGCCUCUAUCGCUACGUUCCUAUCCGAAAACGGUUUCGAGAGUACGAGUAAGGCUCUCGCAAAGGAGCAGGCCGACAAGUCAAUUGCCCAGACCGAUUCGGAGAAGGCCCCGUCUUUGCUCGAACUCUUCCACAAUUGGACCAAGAAGUCGGAAGAGUCCUCCAGCUCCAGCUCCAGCUCUAGCUCUUCUAGUGAGAGCGACAGCAGCUCCGAUGAGUCCAGCGACUCGGACGUUGAAAUGGGCGAUGCGCAAUCCAAGCAGUCUUCCCGCUCGUCGUCUUCCUCUCCCUCUUCCUCUUCCUCGAGCUCCGAUAGCGACGCUGAUGACGAGGACGAUGUUCCGGCCGCUGGUCCUAAGUCAACCGGCAUGAAGCGCAAGGCCGAGUCCAGUUCCUCAGAAUUGGACUCGAGUUCCUCGGAAUCAGAAAAGGAGGCCCCCAAGGCUAAGAAGGCAAAACUCGAAUCUUCUGACUCCUCUGAUUCUUCGUCGUCGGAGAGUGACAGCAAUUCUUCUUCUUCCUCCUCUGAUUCGUCUGAUUCUGAUUCUGGCUCUGACUCCGACUCCGACUCCUCUGAUUCCUCUGAUUCUGAUUCUAACACCGAUUCCGAUUCGUCCGAUUCGUCCGAUUCCAAUUCCUCCGACUCUUCGUCUUCUGAGAAGAGCUCCGCUAAGAAAGCCGACAAGAAGACUCUGAAGACUGCUAUCAAGACACCCUUGCCCGAGUCAGGCUCCAGCUCUAGCGACUCUUCGUCUGGCUCUUCGUCCUCUGAUGAUGACUCUUCGGACAAUGAGUCCUCUGACAACAAGAAGAAGGACGACAAGUCUUCGGAGUCAUCAAAGUCUUCCGACACCCUCCAAAACUCGGACUCUGACGAGCAGAAGCCCGCCAACAAGGCCAUUGAAAAUGCCCGGGAAACUUCGUCGUCGAAGGCAAGCCCAGUCACUGGAAACAACUCUGCUAAAAAGCAUACCGGUGCCCGCCAGACCCCUCUCGCUGCCCUGAGCGAGCUGCCACACGACCAUCCCUCGAACACAUACAUGUCUUACGCUUAUGCAGACAGGGCCUACCAGGACCUGUCGGUCACUCGCGGCAAGGGAUUCACUAAAGAGAAGAAUAAGAAGAAGCGUGGUUCUUACCGCGGUGGUCCUAUCGAUAUCACCGGAGGAAAGUCCUUCAAGUUCGAGGACUAA